AUGGCCCGGCUGGGAUCUGAGCUCCUGCUCUGGCUCCUGGUCCCCCUGCUCCAGCGGGCAGCGCCGGUCCCUGACGAUAUUUGUUCUCUCCGCUAUACCUUCACCAUACCACUUGAGCCCAGCAUUGGGCAACCAUGGUGUGAUGUUCAAGGUCAGCUGGAUGCAGAUACUUUUCUUUCCUACAACUGUGGAAAUGACAAUGUCAAGUAUAUAAGUGUCCUGGUUGUGAUGGUGUCUGACACAGAGACCUGGAAACAACAGAUUGCAACGUUGAGAGAUGCAGGGCACUCGUUCAGGCAACAACUUCUUGACAUGAAAAAGGAAAAUUUGAUUGACUGGGGGGCAGGCUCUGUCUGCCUGCAGGUAAUGUUGACAUGUCAGAGAAACUCCAGUGGAGACACUAAUGGAUUCUGGGAGUUUGGCUUUAAUGGACAGAAAUCCCUCAUCUUUCACCCAGAAAAUGAAAAAUGGAAAGUGGUUCGUCCUGGAGGCAAAUCGCUUAAAGAGAAGUGGGAGAAAGAUCGUGAGAUGAUCCCGUUCUUAAAGAGGAUGUCCAUGGGAGACUGUAAGAAGUGGCUUGAGGAUUUCUGGUAUUGCCAGGACAGAAACGGGCCAUCAACUCCAUCCUCAAAUCCAUCUCAUGAGCCCGGACUGGGAGACUUAGCAAGGAAUUCCACUGAUGUCUCCAUUUCAGAACCACCAACCACAACUUCAAGUCCAUCUGUCCCCACUUCAGCCAUCAUUGUCAUUGUCAUUGUCCUUGUCCUUGUCAUUGUCAUACUUAUCAUCUUUAUUUUAUUUUACUGUUGUUGGAAAAAAUGUAUCACUCUUUUAUGGGAUUUUUGUCCAAAUAUAAUAUGAUUAUAUUUUUGUCCAAAUAUAAUAAUAUGCGGGCAGAGAGUCUCUUGCCCGCACACCUGGCUCUCUUCCCCGGGGCCCCUCAGAGGAGAUGGGCUCCAGCUUUUCUCCCCACCCUGAGCAGAGCUCCUGGCGGCCGAAGACCACCGGAACCUAGCUACAGCCAUGCUCAUGCUGGAGGCUUCUCUCUACACGUUCGGACAGGCCUCAUGCAUGAAGGUACCGGCAGAGGAACCCAGGUGUGUGUAAUCCCAUCAACG